AAACGGGCGCUUGCCGGUUGGGUCUCGAGAUGGUAUAGGAUAGUGACACAGUUGAUUUAUGGACAUUAAUGGACCAAUAUUGAAGAUUAGCGGUCUUGUUCAAUAUAGGCUAAGCUGUAAGUAAAGUGAAUAAUUAAUGCGUCAAACAAAAUGAGUUUUCAACGUCGUGCUUAUUUCUAUCAAAAUUCAAAUUUAGCGAAAAAGUCUGCGCUGAUUCUCAUCACCUCAAUAUGCUUGUCAUUUGGAGUAGCCGCGCCACCGCCGAAACCAUCGUUGCCUAACAAUUUAGAAGAUCAUAGAAUCAGUGAAAAACCAUUCACAAUCAAUUGUAUAAGUCACGAUACCAGCUUCACUUGUCCGAUAAAUUUCAAUCUGGAAAUCAAGAAUAAAUCCCACAACGGUCGUUUUUUGGUUAGCAUUAAAAAAAUUAAUGGUAUCUUCAAUGUCAACUUGGCAGUACAAAAAGGAAGCUAUUUAAACACGGGGUCGUAUAGUUGCCGAACAAAGACGUCAAAUCAUUACAUUUACAUUUUAGUUGAAGAUCCGUAUCAUUUGUUUCCAACCAUGAAACCUGUUUACCAAAUUGAUGGGGUUGAAUCCGUAAUUCCGUGCAAGCCGACACAUCCGGUCGUCAGGAUUCAGUUACUCCAAAAGAUUUUCCUGAAAAACACGACGGACUUGAACACGACGAGGAUCGUCUGCCCGCCUAAGGAAAAGCAGGAUGCCAAAGAUAAGAAUGACCGAAUUUCGACACAUGAUGCGCUUCAGGGAUUCCGUUUAUUGGACCCAGCUCAAAUAGCGAAUGUUGAGGGUAUCUAUGAAUGUCGGGCGGAAAAACGAUCAUUUAACGUGUCAGAAAUUCAAUGGGGUGUACGAUUUAAAAUCAUCCCCUGUCCAGACGACGAACGACCUCCCGCAACAGAAUCGGAAACGGGCAAUUUUCAAUUUUCGACGUCGUUUAUUCUUUCUUCAACAAUUGCAUUUCUUGGAUUUAUUACUCUGUUUAGCUUGGCGAUAGUUCUGAUCAAGAUUAAAUUAGAAUCGCGAGAAAAAGAAACGGCUGAAGACCCUCGCUGGGAAUUCCCUCGAUGUCGUUUGAAAUUACAAUCUCAAUUGGAUGUCGGUUGCUUCGGACGCAUCCUGAAAGCAGAAGCAAAAGGGAUCGUACCCAAUGAACCCGUGACUACAGUGGCGGUAAAAACUGUUCAUUCAAAUGACGACUUCAAAGCUAAACACGGUCUGCUAGAGGAAUUCAAAAUUUUGUCCCAACUUGGACGUCACCUCAACAUCGUCCAUCUUCUAGGCGCCUGCACAAAAUACACGAAUAAAGAACCUUUGUUGAUCGUCUUCGAGUAUUGCCCGUUCAGUAAUUUGCGUGCACAUCUGAUAACUUUCCGUCACAGAUUUUUCAGCGAAUUGAACGAAUCCAGGAAUCUGAUUCCUCGGAAUCAUUUUCACGGUCAAAAUAAUACCGAGAACCGCACUUUCAGCACUCGCAAUCUCAUUUACUGGGCAUAUCAAAUUUCUCGCGCUAUGGCAUAUCUUGUUGUCAAAAAGGUUUUACAUAGAGAUUUAGCGUUACGUAAUAUCCUUCUUACCGCUAAUAACAUUGUUAAAGUGUCGGAUUUCGGCAUGUCACUACAAACUCAUUCCGGCAUCGAAUCACGAAAUAACGAAGAAUUGUUACCAAUUAAAUGGAUGGCGAUUGAAUCGCUGAAAGAUGGGCUAUUCAGCCACCAGUCUGACGUGUGGUCCUUUGGUGUGGUUCUGUGGGAACUGUUCACCUUGGGGGAAACACCAUAUACCGUGUACGCCAAGGCGAACAAAGAUUUCUUGGUACGAAUUUUGUUGAUGGGGAGGCGACUCAAAAAACCCACAAACGCACCCGAGUUUGUCAGCGCGAUCAUGUAUUCCUGUUGGCGCUCGGAACCUCUACAACGACCCAUUUUCCACGAGCUGGAAAAGAUGUUUUACGCCCAACUGGAACCUCAUGCCGUGCUCGAGCUAAUGAAAUUGGAUGAAAAUUACAUCAAAAUGAGCAGGGAACGAGAUAUGGAAACGGAUACUCCCUGUUGCAUUACCGUGGCCAAACAUGAUUCAAAUUGUUUUGAUUGAUUGUAAUUGAACACCGAAGCUGGAUCUUGGUUUUCUCUUUCUUCUCUUAUUUGAGCUUAUUGCAU